GGCUCAAGGGAAACACCGCCAUUUGCACAAUCACCAUUUAAAAAAAAAAAAAUUCUAAAUUUAAGUUCACAUGUUGGCAAAAACCAUAUCCCACUUUGAUUCCCAAAGUCCAGCUCUCUUCACGGGUCGCUAACAAACCUCCCACCUUUCUUUAGAUUUUUUAUCACACAGAUAUGCAUGACACUUACGUGUAUGUGUGUGUGGGUGUAUAUAAACCCUUUUUAUGCAACCGUUACACAAAACAAGACUGGUAUCCAACUAGAAAAUAAAUGGAAGGCAAGUUACCUACAAUGGUGAUGGCCCUCUUGCUUCUCCUUAUGAUGGCCUCCUCACCCGCCAAUGGCAGAACCACCCCUGAGGCUGUGAGCCCUAGCAAUCCACCCGAUGGAACGGGAUCCACCGGUUCAAGCGGUUCGGCUCCUGGCCCGCCCAAUGGAGCGGGAUCCACCGGUUCAAGCGGUUCGGGUCAUGGCCCGAAUUGGAGUUAUAAUUGGGGAUGGGGUUCAACACCAGGUGGUGGAUAUGGGUAUGGCUCAGGCUCGGGCUCAUCACCCGAGGGAGGAGGAAAAGGAUUCGGUUACGGGUUUGGUUCGGGUUCAGGUUCUGGUUCGGGAACGGGCAGUGGGGUUGGGUAUGGCUCAGGAGGAGGCGGAGCAAAGGAUGGCGGGUAUGGCUCAGGAGGUGGGACUGGACACGAUGGCCACAGCGGCUCUGGUGGCGGAACGGGUGGCUCUAGCAGUGGUGGUUCUCCUCCAGCUCCCAAAGAUAGAAGCCAACACCGCUAGAAUGCUUUACUCCUUCCAUUGUCUUAUGAUCUACGCUAUAUAAUAGUCGUAAUACAUAAAUCUAGAAGGUGCCUUGUAGAAUAUUUCUAUCCAUCUACCAAUACAUACAUACACAUAUAUAUGAGCACUAUAAUGUAUGACUACUCAGAGAAUAAUGUUCAGAAAUCAGAACAAUGAGUGGUUCGGUUUGUUACUCUCCCUUGUAUCCUAAAACCCCUAUUCUAUAAACUGGGUUCCGAA